AUGCCAAAACAAAGUAAAAAAUUAGAUCCAACUAAUCCAAAUGUUGGAAUAGUUGAACAACCAGCUGUUGUUCCUGAAAUCACAGAUGAAUAUAAAAGUGAAUCUGAAGAUGGACAAGAAAUGUUUUUAUCUAAUGAUCGUAUUAAGGAGAUAAAGAUAUGGUUAGAAAAUUCUAAGAAUUAUACUAUUUCAGGAGUUUUUAAUCGAUUACAUUCAGAUCUUACUGCAUUGGUAAAAGAAAAAGAUUAUCAAGGAAAAAAUAAUGAAAAAUUAAGAAAUGAUGUAAAUAGUAUGAUAGAACAAAAUCAAGAAUAUGUAGAAAUACUUGAUGAUUCAUUAGAAUUAUGUAAAACAAUAUUAAAUAAUUUAGAAAUUAAGGGAAUACCUAAUUCAUAUCAAAAAUAUUUCAAUGAUAAUGAACAUCCUGAAUGUGUAAAUACAAUAAUAGAUGAUAUUCAAAAUAAUAUUCAAAAUGAAUAUUUUAAAAAAGUUGAUGAAUUUUAUCGAGAAGAAGGUCACAUGUUUUUAUAUAAUAAUGAAAAAGCACAGGAAUUUACAUCAUUAUUGUCUCAACUCAUGACAUGUUCGGUAAAUAAUUUUUUACAAGAAUUAAAAGAUUUGAUUACAAAACUUAAAACUGAUUAUUUUUAUGAGAUUUCUCAUUUGAUUAUACUUGUAGAAAACAGAAUCAUAGCAUGUAUAAAUACAACUUUUAUUUCGUUUUCAAAAGAAGCAUAUUAUACUUUACCAGAUGAUUGUGUUGAUAUUCAUGGUCAAUAUCAAUUAUUGAAUUUCUUAAUUCAAUGUAAAUUCAAGAAUCCAAAUUAUACAAUUUAUGUAUCUGAAAUUCGAGAAUUUCUAAAUAUGCUUAAUCGAAGAGAUAAUAAUAGUUUUAUUGGGUUUUUUGUAUCAAAUGUAGAAUUAUCAAGUCAUGCUUUAAAUGAAUUAAACAGUUCUAAUAUUAAGAAUAGAAUUUGUGUUUGUUCUUAUCACGAGAUUGUUGAUAAAAUUAAAGAAUAUGCUAAAAUACUAAAAAACCAACAAGAAGAAUUGGAAAAAAAUGAAGAUGAUAAAAAAAGAAAAUUUAUAGAAUUAGAAUGUGAAAAUAAAAGUUUAAGUGAAAAAUAUGAAAUAUCAAUUAAAAAACUUAGAGAAGAAAAUGAAGAACUUAAGAAAAAAAUUAACAUAAUUGAAAAUCAAAAUAAGGAAAUUACUGAAAAACUUGAAAUUCAAUCUCAAGAAUUUAAUAAGAAACUUGAUUUAAUUUUAAAUAAAUUAGCCUAA